AUGAUUACUGCGGCGAAGUUAAACUUCAUCACCAGUAACCAUAACAAAUUGGCCGAAGUGAGAGCGAUACUCGGAAAUGUAGUUGAGAUUGACAGCCAAGCAAUCGAGGUACCCGAGAUACAGGGAUCCAUUGAAGAAAUCGCGAAGGAAAAGGCUAGGUGUGCAGCAGAAGCGAUAGGCGGCCCUGUCUUGACGGAGGAUACAGCGCUUGGAUUCCGAGCUCUGAAAGGACUUCCAGGCGCGUAUAUCAAACAUUUUUUGAGCGCACUGGGACACGAUGGUCUCAACAGGAUGCUUGACUCUUUCGAGGACCGAAGAGCAGAAGCCGUUUGCACAUUUGCUUUUUGUCGUGGUCCUGGAGAAGAACCAAUACUUUUCCAGGGAAGGACCGAGGGUGUUAUUGUCAGGCCGAGAGGCCCAUUGAACUUCGGCUGGGAUCCAAUAUUCGAACACAAUGGGAUGACAUAUGCUGAGAUGGAUAAGGAGGAAAAGAAUCGAGUUUCUCACAGGUACAAGGCUCUUGUCAAGCUAAAGCAGUGGCUCGAAGAGGGGCACCUCUACCUUGAUAGUGCAGUUGCUCUCUACAUCAUCAUCCUCCUCACUAUUGAGCUCCACCACUAUCUCUUCGUCAAAAGCUUCGCGCGCUUCCUCUGA